AUGUUAGUUGCACUAAAGGAUCCGUUGGGGGAAAGCAUAGCGAGGUUGGCGACUUGCCACAAUCCACAAGAAACAUUUACAUUGUUGCACGAUACGGUGACACAGUUUGAGAAUGAUCGACGUUACAAGAAUGAUGUGCGAUACACACAGCUUUGGUUGCAGUAUGCAAAUCAGCUUGCUGAUCCAGGAUGGGUGUACGAUCAUAUGUUGAGCAAGGGAAUCGGCAAGUAUGUUGCUCUGCUUUAUGAAGAAGCUGCAAAGUAUUAUACAAAUCAUCAAAGCCUCGAAAAGGCAAUCUCCACCUUGAACCAUGGCAUCCAAAACAACGCCGAACCAGUGGAAAGUCUACAGCACCUAUUGCAGGCUACAUGUACAACACGAGAACCCAUCAUCAUCGAAGAAGAAAAGCACAGCGCAAAAGUACGACAACAGGGGGAUGAUGCUACGCCACGAGCUGUUGUAGCUCUCUUGGAUAUGAUUGAUUUUCAGCUUGCAAUCAACGCACGUCGAGCAAUGUUGCAGCAAUGUUAUCGAUAUGGCGUGGAGACAUCAUUUGAAGAAAUACGAGCACGAUGGCCAAAGCGCAACAUGACUCGUCAAUCAACAUCAGCUGCAAGUGCUGUCACAGGUGGUGCCUUACGCACGGGCCAUCCAAAUAGGGCACGACGUUCUAUGAUCACCAAGCCAUCAUCACCAUACAACAUACAAUCAGCAUCACAUGAUAGUAGCAACAACAAAUCCUACACCCAUACCGCUGCUCAACAUAAUAAGCGGUCCAAGCUGGUGCCACAAUUAUCUUCUACGACCACAGCAUCACUGUUGGCAAAGCGACCAAUCAUCCUCAGCAAAAAGGUUUCUGUCAUACGCUCUCCUCAAGUGCAAUUACCGCAGCAGCCAGCAAUUAAAGAGCCAUAUUCAUCCAAUGACAUGAAGCAUCACCAGCCAGUGCCUAUUACCAAAGAACCUUCAUCACCAUCUACAACAUCGCGUGAGGAAUCAUCGAUUACAACAGAUGUACUAUCAAAGCCAAUUGAGAUUGAGCUACCAGAAAUACCUGCUGUGGAUGAGAUCUUUCCUGAUGGUCAUAUUCAAAAAGAGGUGGAAGGUGCUAUCAUUGAGAAGCAGCAGCAUCAAGUAUCCGCAAAGGUUGAACCGGCAUCAUCACCACAGCAUCAACAAAUCAUUGCAAUCCCAUAUGAAGCUCAUGUGGUGAAACGUUUUUUGGAGCAAGUGAAUGAUCCACCAGUGACAGAAUACAAAGGAUACCAUGAUAUGCUCAAGUUGAAGCGAAAGCCACAGCUGGAGGGAGAGUUUAAUCUUGGCACAAUACGAUACACAAUGAAGAGGAAGCUUGGUGAAGGUGGCACUUCAUCUGUAUACGAACUUCAAGGAUCAUUGGCACUCAAGGUGGAAUCGGUUAUGUGCAACGCUUGGGAGUUUUACAUUAUGAGACAAGCUGCGCAACGUUGCAAGCAACCAUCGCAUGUUGUAGCCGUUCACGAAUACUAUGCCUAUCGAACGACAACUUUUAUGGUGAUGGAUUUAGCCAAGCAUGGGACUUUAUUGGACGCUCUCAAUGAACAUCGCUUGAAGUAUUUGACAUCAGCCAUGUCAGAAGCACGUGCUUUGUGUAUCAUUAUUGAGCUUCUUGAUGCACUUUGUGAUCUUCAUGGAGCGGGUAUCAUUCAUGGUGAUGUGAAGAUGGAAAAUGUGGUUGUAAUCGAAUCCUCCCCUUCCAAAGGUGAUCGAGUCGCUUUUAUUGACUUUGGGCGUGCCAUGGAUUUGACACUUGUUUCAUCACCCAACAUACGAAUCUAUCCAAGAUGGCGACCAGUGAAACCAGGCACUAUUGAUCCACCCAUUUCAUCGCCAUGGUUACCGUGGGCUCUUGAUUACUGGGGUCUUGCAGGGAUUGCUCACUGGUUGCUUUUUGGUAACCAAAUCCGUGUACGCAAAGUGGCGCAGCAACAAGGAUCUUCACGAUGGGUGCUUAGAGAGCACAUUAAACGAUACUGGCACAAGACAUUUUGGGAUGACUUUUUCGAUCAGUUAAUGAAUCCAUCCACCGCAGCAACAACAUCCACAGCCCCAGCCCAAUUACUUGCCGCAGCCAAAAGAUUAGUAACGUAG